AGACCCAACGAAACCCAUUAAUCGAAAUCUCGAAAUCCGUUGAAAGUUUGUUCCUUUUUGGUCAGAGAUGGAGGCUUUACCGGAGGAUGAAGAGUACAGUUUCAGGGAAGUGGUAUUGCCGUCGUUGAUUCCGGUAGUGCAGGAACCUGAACUUGAGAGAGAGAGCGGAGAGAGAAGAAGAGGAAGAGAUGUAAUCGUAGCCGUUGAUCAUGGUCCCAAUAGCAAACACGCCUUUGAUUGGGCUCUCGUUCACUUCUGUCGUCUCGCCGAUACUCUUCACCUUGUCCACGCCGUCUCAAGUGUUAAGAACGAUGUUGUGUAUGAGACAAGCCAAGCGCUCAUGGAGAAACUAGCUAUUGAGGCGUAUCAAGUUGCCAUGGUAAAGAGUGUGGCUCGUGUUGUUGAAGGCGAUGCUGGUAAAGUAAUCUGCAAGGAAGCAGAGAAAGUGAAGCCUGCUGCUGUAAUUUUGGGCACACGAGGCAGGAGCUUAGUAAGAAGCGUGCUACAGGGGAGCGUAAGCGAGUAUUGUUUCCACAAUUGCAAAUCCGCUCCCGUCAUAAUCGUUCCUGGAAAAGAAGCUGGAGACGAGUCGAUUGUGGACUGGGCACGUUCAGAAGAUCCAAAACCCUGAAGAAAAGUUCAACUAUUUCCACGAAGACUGUUUUGUUUUUCAUCUUUAUUUCGCUAUUGUUGCAGUCUUUGUUUCUGUAUGUUCCUAAAAAAAACUUGAUUGCUUCUUCUUCGUCUCUUUGUGUGUGUAUGUGUUUUGAUUUGGGUUUUGUAGUUUCAAAUUUCUGUAUAAAACCUUUGCUCAAGAUCAGGAAUGAAAUUAUUGUAUGCAAUGGUGUGUUGUGCUUCAGACUUUUCAGUAAACAAAUCUAUAGCAG